AUGCUCGUCGUCAUCGUGUUUACGUUGUUAUUAUCAAAUAUUGUCACAGCUACCAAUAAUAACGGUCAAAAUUUGGUAAAGUUUAAUGAAGAUACGUUAGCUAAAUUACGUUUACCGACGCAUCACUUUUCAUCAAGCAAAAUGUAUCAAGAAUAUGAAUUAUUCAAUGAUUAUCAAUGUGCAAUUGAAUGCUUAAAAGAUAAAACAGUUUGUACUGCUUACUUAUUUGACAGUACCACUAAGAAAUGUUCGUUAUUCGAUGAUACAAAGCAGAAAACCGAUGACAAUAUCACCGAAUUGCGAGAAAAACUAAGAACUAAUGCGUGUGAUCAAUUGCAAUGUAAACCGGACGCUGUUUGUCUUGGUGAAAAUGAACCCAAAUGUGUUUGUUUGAACGGAGCAUCGACAUCAGAUAACUGCGAUUAUAUAGAAAUUGGUGUGUGGGGUGAUUUCAAUGAUUGGUCUGGCUGUAGUUCGACAUGUGGUGAAGGUUAUCAAUAUCGUAAACGAGAUUGUCUGUCAGCAGAUGAUAAAACCAAGAAGAUUUCGAGUGACAAAUGUACUGGUAAAGAUGCUGAAAUUCAACAAUGUACGAUUAAUGAAUGUCCAACUUAUGGGCAAUGGGCACCGUGGACGCCUUGUUCAACUUUCUGUGGUAUUGGUAUUAAACAACGUAAUCGUUCGUGUGUACCACCUGGAUCAAAUUGCGGAAACUAUACAUUUGAACAGCGAGCAUGUGGUGAAGCAAACUGCCAGCGUGUUGUUGGUAUUAAAGAAACGGACUCCGCAAAAUAUCCUACCAAAGGUUAUUUAGCUAUUCGAGAAGGUGAUAUCUUAUGUAUUCCACAAAGCAGUAAUGAAACAGCAAAACAUAUGGCUGACUUAGUUUGUAAAUCUAUUGGUUCGACUCGUGGAGCCCAAUAUGCUGUUCUUACGCCUGUUGGAUCGAACUCAACAUGUUAUCCAGGUAUUCUCUGCGAUGGUACAGAAAGUAAUUUUCAUGAAUGUAAAUAUGAACGUCCACAAACUACAAUUGAUCAUGGUGAUUUGUUUGCAAUUAUCACUCGUUGUAUCAUUGAUGGUGGAUUUUCUCCGUGGUCUUCAUGGUCUGCAUGCACAAAAUCUUGUGGAACUGGUGAACAAACUCGUUCUCGAACAUGUACACAACCAUCACCAUCCAUGCUCGAAUCCGGAUUUAAUUCUCAAAAUUCGUCUUUGGCUGGAAUGAACUGCACAGGAGAUUUCACGCAAGUUAAAACUUGCAAUGAGCAACAAUGUUAA